AUGGAAAGUAAUCUACUAGCAAGCGUUCAUGGAAACAUAGGACCAGUACUAUACAUCAAAUACCAACAUCCUGGUGGAGAUUCUCCUUUAGAUUCACUACCAGAUGAGCGAACAAAAAAUAAAUCUCCACAAGAAGAUACUUUACCUAGCAAUAAUCAGGAAAAUGCUAGUGAACAGCCUCCACAGGUCCACAGAGAACAUUCCGAAAAGCAACUAAAAACAAGCCAUUCACAUGAUAGUAAUCUAGGAAGAUGGUCACAUAAAAGAUCCCAACAACUGGCAAAUCUUGGUGAAGAUGAAGAACCCUUUGCAGAAAGCAGUAUCCGCAGAGGUUUCAUCAGGAAAGUGUAUCUCAUAUUGACAAUUCAGUUGGGAUUAACUGUUGGUAUCAUUUGCUUAUUCAUCUAUUGGAGAUCUCUUAAAAAUUGGGUACAAAGGCAUCCAUGGUUUUGUUAUGCCCUUUUACCAGCAAUUUUGAUUCUGGCUAUUACCCUUGUCUGCUGUGAUCAUGCCCGCAGAAAAGCUCCACUGAACUACAUUUUGUUGUUAAUAUUUACAAUUCUUGAGGGUAUGUUUCUUGGAUCAAUUGCAAGCUUCUUUGAUGCUGUUGGGGUAAUGUGGGCUGUUGCUGUCACAGCGUUGGUUACAUUGGGGCUUUGUCUUUUUGCUCUUCAGACAAAAUGGGACCUCACCAUCACAUCUGGAGUCCUGCUGGCUAUGUUUAUUGUGUUUCUCACUUCUGGAAUACUUUUUGCCAUCCUGCAAACCAAGUUGCUGAUAAUAUUAUAUGCUGCAGCUGGAGCUUUACUUUUUGCCAUCUAUCUGGUGGUGGAUACUCAGUUAAUGCUGGGAAAGACGCACCGCUACACACUGAAUCCUGAUGACUACAUUUUUGCAGUACUGAAUGUCUACAUUGACAUUAUCAAUAUGUGGCUAUUCAUACUACAAUUUGUUGGUUUUGUGAAGUAA